GUGAAUUUAAAAAAAAAAGCAGUGAAUAUUUGAACUAAUAUUGUAAAUAAAAUUAUUUUUGAUUUGGAUGGAUUCAUUUAAAAAGCUAAUAUCAGAUGUGAUCAGAAAUGGAGAAAAACAAAAUUAUGAAGAAUUAAAAAAAAUAAUUUUGAAAACGCCACAAGGGAAAAUAUUAGAAACAAUUAAAUAUAGUGUCAGGGAAGGUGGAGUAAACUUCUGGAAUUAUUUAUUAAAAGGAUUCGCUCUAUGUUCUAAUAAUGAAAGCUGCAAUCAAAGAAGGUUUGAGUGCGUGGAAAUGUUUUUGCGUGAACUCAGUAUCACCGAAUUGUCCUAUAAACAAACGUAUGAUUUAAUAACAAGAUUAUGCGGUGAACUCUUGUUUUUCCGAAAUUCUCAAUUGCUUACUAUUAUUGAGAUUUGUAAUGAUUCAAUUAGAUUUGGUGAUUCAAAAUUGGUUUGGUGGAAGGAUAUAUUCCCAGAAGCCUUAGCUUUGAUUUGCAAUCAAGAAAAAUUAGAAGUAGAUGGUGUAAGUAUGAGCGGAAUUGAAUAUAAAAAUAAUAUGGUUAAAUUUCUUUUCUCCAUGAAAUGGAAUUUGUCAACUUUAACAGCUCUCGCUAAUAUGUUCGUAGAGUUAAAACUUGACGAAAAUGAGAUCGUCAAUGCUUUGUCGAAGUUCUGUAAAUAUCUUCAAAAAGUAAGUCCGGCUGAGCUUCCACCGUUAGCAUUUCAACUAUUUUGUAUGUGUCAAACUGCUUCACAUUUAAUAAUACCAAUACUUGCUCUGCAAAAAUAUUUUCAUCACUAUUAUUAUAAGAAGCUGUUUACGGAUUUAGAAAGUGAAGCUAGUGGAUUAGACAGUAUUGAUUUGUAUGCAGAAAAAGAUCUUCGAGAAGCUGAAGAAACUAUUCUACACCAUUUAAAUUUUUGCACAAGGUUUCGUAUUAGUGAAGAGGAGGUAUGUGUUAUACUAAGAAAUCUUACUUCUUGCCCAGAAAUAAUUUUGAGACCUUUUUUCCUAAGUGCAGUAAUUUCAAUGAGCAAAAGUAAUCGGGAUCCAGAUUGCUGGAUAUUAUCUUCACCUCUUUUAAUAUUUUUAAAAAAUGUAAUAAGAAAAAAUGAAGAGCAAAUAGAGCUUUCUAAAAGUUCUACGUGGUGUGACGAUACUUUCCAUGUACAAGCAAAAAAUAUGCAGCAAAUCUUUUCAGUUCUUAUAGAUCAAAAUAAGGAUGGAAAAGAUGUUAUAACACCCGGGCUAGUAAAUUUGGCUUUUAUUUUAUUAAGAGCGAAAAAUCAUAAAAAACUGAGUGUAUUAAGCACUUCAUUUUUAGCGCAGUUUAUUAAAAAACGUUUUAUUUUUGGUCAUGGUAUUGUUAAAAAUUUAGCGAACUGGAUGUUAGCAGAACAAGAUUGUGAACGUUAUUCUGAGUGCCUUACAAUAUUAGCCCAUUCCGACACCUAUACAGUUUCAGAGUCAUUUCAAAUAAUUAAAAAUGUUUUGGAUUUUUUCUUAUGGAUUCCGGGAAAAAAUGCAAUGAGAAUGAUGUCCUUUAUAUUGCCACUAAUGAAAAUAUCUCAGCCUAUUCGUGAUGCAUUUAUUGAUACAAUGAAAAAAGCAAUUAAUUCAAAAGAUCAUGAAACUUGCCUAUUAGGGGUAUAUGGCUUUUGCAGUUUAUUGAAACAGCUCAAUAAUAAUAAUUCUCAACGUGCAGGUGGAAAUGGAUCCUUUUUAUUUACGCAACAAUGCAUCUCUGGAUAUUCUUUAAUGACACAAAGUUGUUUAAGCAGUCGUUCUAAUUCUCAAAGACAUUUUGAUAUUCUAGUUUUAGAAAUCGUUGGAUGUUUACGAAAGUGUUUUAGUGCAUCCGUAGAAAUAAAGGAAACUCUAUAUGAAAAUUUUGGUAGAGCAGUAUUAUUAAAUCCAAAGUUGGCGCCACAUUUUCUUGAAUUUAUUGACAAUCAUUUCCGCGGCUACUUUAAAGUAGACGAAAGCGAAACUGUAAUUCGUUGGGAGAAAAUUGUUUAUCAAGAACAAGAAUGUGAAACUAUUAAAAUAUGUGAUAAUAUCGGUUGUUUAACAAUAUUAGUUUCUUCAAUUGUAUUAAUUUGUGAAAAAAAUGAUAUAGUUCACAACAGUGUUGUAAUGAAAAGUAUAAUAAAAACUGUAGCUGAAAGAAUAAUUUCAAAAGAUUUUAAACUAAUAGAGAAUAUUAAUAAUUCAGAUACUUUCGCAUUGUAUUUAGCUAUUCAGCAAAUUAAUUUUCUUGAAGCGUUGAUGUACUACUUGUUGUGGACUUCAAAAAUUACGAAUAACAACGUAACUCAAAUUCAGAAAUUAUUUGGAGAGCAUCAAAGAAUAAAAAAUUUAGUUGAACAAAGUAGUCUAAAAGGAAAAAAGAUAAAGGAUCAGAAUGAGAAAAAUGAAACCAAUUUAAUAAAUAACAAACAUAUAAAAAAAUCAACCAAAAGCUCUAUUAAAUUGAAAAAUAUUUGGGAUCUUUUGACCCUGGAACGAUUUUUGAAAUUGCUUCAUGAUGACAUGGUUCCUUUUGCAGACUCAGUUUCAACAACUUUUUUGAAAAGCAAUACAGCUUUUGUACAAUAUAUUUUAAAAGUAACAGCAUCUUAUUUAGAGGAGCUGCGUUCUCAACCAGACUACAAACAAAUUAAACUUAGUAUAAGAAUAUUUAAACAAGUGUGCGUUGUAACAAGAGUAAUUUACGAGCGCUGCAUUAAAAAUUUGCAAAAUUUAUGGCGAAAUUUUGAUGUGGAAUCAGCUUACCUAGCAGUAGAAUGUUUAAAGGAAAGUCUUUUAACUACAAAAAAACUCUACUCCACAAAAUUUGAGCAGUUUCUUAAAGAAGUUGAUCUAUUAUUUUUUUCCGAUGAAAAGAAUAAAAUUUAUAACAUAAUCCAAAAUAUUUUAGAAGAAACAACAAAUGAAAAAGAAGAUAUAGGGGAAGAAUUUAGUCAAAAAAUUUCCAGUUCGCUAUUACAGUGUUUAGAAGUUUUACAUUCUUUUAUCAGUGCCGGUACAUCUUUAGCAUUGGAAAGCUUUGAUUGGUUAUACGGGUUUUGUAAGAAAUAUGAAAUUAAUCAGGAAUCAUCAUUGAUAUACAAAUUACUUUUUACGAUGCGUUUGAAAAGUCAUUCUGGUGCGUUUUUUGAUUUAAUUGCUUCACAUUUAGGAAAAGUCAUGGGAGUGAUUUCAGAGACCGAGCUAACAACACCUCAAUCAGAAUUUAAAGCUCUUAACGGAACGUCAUUCACGUCUUGCUAUAUUUAUUUAUUACAGUCUUUGCAGCAACAAUUAGAAUUUAUAGAUUUUUUUAUUUUCAAAAUUAAAUCAUCAUUUUGUAAUCUUAAAUUUGUUUCGGAGGAUGAUCAAGAAAUAUGUGGUAUAAAUUUGAAAACAAUGGAACGUUCUGUAUGUACUCAAUUUAUCCACAUUACUAAUUGUUUGGUGCAAAUGACAAACAUUGACACACCCUUAGGAGAAUGUAUGAACAAUUUAGUUCGCGUUCUUAUUCAAUUUUAUGUCUCCUUGAAUAACUUAACGAAGCACUUAAUGUUGCAACAUUCUCGACUUGCAGUAUCAUUUCAAAAUAUUAAAUAUGAUCAAGUUGUUCGCCUAGCCGGAAAACCGUUAGCUUCACGAAUUUAUGCGUUAAUUAUAAACAUUGAUGAAAAAAUUUUAUACAGUUUGGAUGAGAAAAAAAACAAAAAAAAUCCAACAGCAGAUGGUGCUAAAGUGUUAAGAGAAACAAAACAUUUACCUAAAUUGAUCUUACGAAUGGAAACUUUCAAUAAGUACGUAAUGUUUUUGAGUAAGAAAACUGGAAAUGAUAUAACUCAUUUUUUACAUAUUGGAACAGUUAGAGAUUUUAGAAUUCAAACUAAAAAUUUAAAAGAUGCGAUUCAUGAAAGUUUGGAUCAUAGUAGUCAAAUUGAGGACUUGCUUGAUGAUCAGAAUGAUAAUAAUACGGAAAUAAUAGAUAGCGAAAGAGACAGUAAUAAUGAUGAAAAAUCAAGUGGAAGUGAUGAUGAAUUAUCUGCAGCUAAAACCGUGGCUUCAAAAAAAAGUGUUGGUAAACCAAAUAAAUCGAAAAAAGUUGAUUCAGAAAAGAGAAAAAUUGUUUCCACAAGGUCUUCAACUCAAAGGAAAAGCCAGGCAGGAAAAGAUAUUUCAAUAAUGGAAGAAACUCCGGUUAUGGGAUUUUUAAAUGAAGAAGAAAGUGAUGAAAAUGCUGGUUUACAAUUUUUACAAAAUGUAGCUAAAAUUACGGAGAAAGGACGCAAACGUAAAAGUUUAAACUCAAAUUUAAAUGAAAAACAAGAAAACAAAAAAAGAAAGACCGCUUUAAAAAAGAAUUAAAAAAUUAAGAAAUUUGAAUACUGAGGAAGCUUAUCCAAGCGUUAAUACAAUUUCGUUUUAAUAAUUUUGUAAUAUUUAUCGCUAAACUUAGACGUGCAUUUGUGUUUGUUUGUUUACAUAAAAACUAAGUAUGUAGGUAUAAUAAGUUCCUUUUAUAUGGCAUAAAAAAUGUACCUAUGUA